CAUGAGCCCAACCAGAUAAUACAUGGGGUCCCUACGUAUACUUUCUCUCUCUCUCUCUCUCUCGUUCUCUCUCUCUCUGAAGAGAAAAAGAUAGAAGGAAAGGAAGACAGAAUUUAUUCAGGAAGAUAAAGGAAAAAUCGCCUAACUUGAGAAGCUUCCAGUGAGGAGGCACCUCUGUAAGAAAAUCACAGCCAAUACCUUACUAUUUUCUUCCUUUAAUUUGUUUCUCUCUCUCUCUCUCUCUCUCUCUCUCUCUCCCUCCCUCUCCCUUCCCAAGGUCAACAACAAGAGGAAUUUUGCACUCUUUGAAACGUCCAUGGGGUGUACCGUUUCGUGGUAGUCCUCCUGGUCAAACAAGAAUGCACCGACCGUCAUUGUACUGAGAGCCACCCUUGCGUUUCUCUUUGCUCUCUCUCCGUGUUCUUGAUCACGAUCUUAACCCUACAAAACAUCAGAGAUAAAAUAAUUUACCUGUGAACUAGUAGAACAAGAGUUUGGCUCUGCCGGGUUGCUUGCUGUAAAGUCUAGGCACCCCCCUGAUCCCUCGAACCCUUCAAAACCCACCGUCCUUGUAGUCUCCUUUUUUCUUAUGCAAACUACCUAAAUCUUGCAGAUCCAGUAAGAGAAGCUCAAAUUGAAGUGCAAGACAUGGAUUUGGGACCACAAGGAGAAGGGUUUUCCUGUGACGAAGCACAUGAGCAGAUGGUGAGAGACUCGUCCCCAAGAAACGAGGAUGACGAUGUCAGACGUGGGGACUCCCAGGACGAUGGCGUUGGUGCUGGGAGCACUACUACUGGUCGAGGAAUCAAUAUCAUGGAGAGAGAGCAUAUGUUCGAUAAGGUUGUGACUCCAAGCGAUGUGGGCAAACUCAAUCGCCUGGUUAUCCCCAAGCAGCACGCCGAAAAAUACUUCCCGCUGGACUCCUCCACCAACGAGAAGGGACUCCUUCUCAACUUCGAGGAUCGAAACGGGAAACCCUGGAGGUUCCGCUACUCUUACUGGAACAGCAGCCAGAGCUACGUCAUGACCAAAGGCUGGAGCCGCUUCGUCAAAGAGAAGAAGCUCGAUGCGGGGGAUAUCGUGUCCUUUCAGCGCGGCGUUGGUGAGCACGGAAGAGAUCAUCUCUACAUUGAUUGGAGGCGUCGCCCAGACGCGCCUGACCCCGUGGCUUCCCUUCAGAAUCUGCCGCACCACUACUUCUCAUUCCACCGGUCCAUCCCGCCGUCCGCCUGGAGUAUUAAUAGUCCUAAUUUGCUAAUGCGGCCGAGGGACCACUUGCACCUGUCGUCUCAGCAGCUGAACGUGAACAACAAUAAUGCCAAUCUUCAUCAUCCUUACCGGAACAGCUACGGCGCCAGCAGUGCUUGCUGUAAUUAUAUGGUAAACCCAUCACUGAUUUACAUGAGAUCCACCGCAGCUACAGCAGCAGCUCAACACCAGUACCAACAACAACAACAACAACAAUUAGUGCAGGCCCAUAUCGGAGUUGAGCCACCACCCAUGGUAUUCGAGUCGGUGCCGGUGGUACAAGGAAAAGUUGCAGCCAAGCGACUGAGGUUAUUUGGGGUAAACAUGGAUUGCCCCAUAUCGGAGUCGGACGCAUGCGACGUGAUAUUUUCCUCGACCACAAUACCCCCUCAUGCUACUAUGGCAUUGCAGCCUAAUUCCCAACUUCCUUCUCCGUCUCAAUCUGCUCUCCAAUUAAGGCCCUGCAAUGGUACGACACUGCCAACGGUGCCCAUGGACUUUCUCAAUAAGGGGAAGAAGGCAUCAAUGUCUUUAGAUUUCGGUAUCUAGACUCCUAUAGAGACAGCAGUAUCGCAAAGGUCUUAAACAACAACUGGAUACCGCGACACAGCCGAAUCACUUCCAACUUCUUUUUAAUUGGCUUUAAUUAAUAGUUGUUUCUCAGUGCUCAUGAAGACCCAGGAAAAAAAAACGCCCAAUGCCCAUGAACUAACGGGAUUACACUGUUGGAUUUCAAUUGAUCAGUUAAUUUGGUACAGAAGACAGACGGGGUUUUGAAGGCCGAUCGAUCGAUCGAGGUUUUUUGAAGAAUUAUCUACCCAGCAUAAGCAAGAAGCCAUUGGGGAUAGAGAAUCUACUAUAUUCAAUUGUCUUCUUUUUAUGAACUUUGUGUAAAAAUAUUUAUGAUACAUAAAAUUAUAUAAUAUAGAAAAAUAUUAUAUAUUGGAUGGA